AUGAAUCCACAGGGAGCUUUGGGAUACAUUUGCCUACUUUGCUUUUCCUUCGGGACGCCAGCAAAAGGGAAUGUGCAGCCACUUUCAUUCCAGCCUGGGACCCUGUACCAGUACCACUAUUCCCUGGAUGUCCAGGUGGAUCAUGCAUCCACACCAUCCCCAGGAGGAACCUGGCUGAGGGCUGAGGCACUGGUCCAUAUGCACCGGCUCUGGAGGGACCAAGGUGGAGAAGAGCUGCUCCAGGUGCAGAUCCGCGAUCUGAAAGCCCAACACGAGCCAGAAGAGAAGAGGAGCCAGGGCAGCACUGGAGGUCCCUCUGCAGAGAUUGCAUUGAGCCAGGAGGCACAAGCAGAGCUGCAGCAGCCAAUGUUCAUCUCCUGGAGCAGUGGGAAGGUCAAAGCCUUCUACGGGGAUGAAGCAGAAAACAUCCUGAUCUCCAACCUGAAGCGAGGCGUCAUCAGCCUGCUCCAGUUCCAACCUCAUGCUGGCACCACAGUGGAGGAGGACAUCUCUGGGAGCUGCCUGGUCACAUACACUGUGUCCAACCACUCCAUCACAAAGACAAAGGAUCUCCUCAGCUGCACAAAGACAAAGCCUGGAUUCACCUCUGUCAACAAAAUUUUUGGAGCUGAGUGGCAGCCCAGCAGCAGCAGCCAGUACGUGGUGAAAGACAACCUCCUGCAGUCAGUGCUGGCGGAGGAAAGCCACCUGCUGUCUCCAGCCCUGAGGUCCACCACCGAUGUCAAAGUUAGGUCAAGGCAGCAGCUCCAGCUAAUGUCUCCUCCAAUGCCUGGCCCAGCAGAGGUGGCUGGACAAAGCCUUGAGGAUGUGCUAGCUGGCAUGAAAGGACCUCACCAGCCCCUGAGCAUGACCAGCCUGCCCUUUAGGAGGGUCUGCACCCACUGCCCAUCGCUGAGGACCUACCUGAAAGGUUUUGCCAGCCAGAGAGUCAGAAGGGACACCUCGAAGGUGGCAAGCACGUGGCAGUUCCAAAGGCUCAUCCAGAUGCUGCGCAGCGCCAAGAAGAGAGAUGUGCUGCAGCUGCUGAGAGCAGCACCCGAGGAGAGGCUCCCCUUCGUUGUGGAGGCAGCGGUGGCCGCGCAGUCAGCGGCAUCCUUGGCAGCUCUCUCCGACUUUCUGGAUGUUGACAAGGAGCCCAAGCUGCUGCUGGAGAAGUUCUUCUAUGCAGCAGCUUUCUCUCCAAGGCCUUCAGGAGAGCUUCUCCACCUGGUGUUAGACAAACUGGAUGGGAAGCAGCUGGCCCCUGAGCUCCAGGAAACAGGAAUAGUUGCCAUAGGCUCUCUAGUUGGCAAGCUGUGCCAGCAGAAGCUGUGUGGGCUACAGGAGGUGGAGCGUGGACUGGAAACCAUCCUCAGGAGGCUCAGAGGUGCCAAGGAGGAGUCCGAGGUGGUCAUUUACCUGCUGGCCCUGGGGAACGCAGCCCUGCCCCGAACUAUCCCCACCCUGCUGGCCCAUGCUGAGGAGGGUCCUGCUGCCGUUGCCACCGCAGCCAUCUCUGCCCUGCGGCGCUUCCCUGCCCAGCACACCUCUGGCCAGGUGAAAGGAGCAAUGAGGAGGAUUUUCCAUGAGAAGAAGAGAAGCUAUGACAAAACCUGUCGUCUGGCCGCAGCAGAAGUCCUUCUAGAUAACGAGCCCUUGCUCAUGGAUGUCAUCAACAUCCUGCUGGCUACAAAGGAGAUGGAGACAGAGACAGCAACGCUUCUGCUGAUGAAGGUCCAGAACAGCCUACAUGCUGACUACCACCCAGCAAGGAAGAUCAUGAAAGACAUCCUGAGAGACCCACGAGUAAAUAAUUACCACAUCUUCUCCAAAGCUGGCAUCUCCUCCUCUUUCUCAGGACCUCUGACAGUCACCCAGGACCUGCUUUCCACCUUCGGGCUGGACCUGCUGUUUUUGGAGGGUGGAUUCCUGAGGAAGAGCAUCUCUGACUUCUCGCUGCUCAGCCGUGGCCAGCAGCUUCGUGCGGCUCAGGUCACAAUUGAAGCACAAGGGAUGGAGUCAAUGCUGGGAGAGAACAUGCUGGAAGGGGAAGAGGAGCCAGAACUCAUGGCUGGGAUGUCUGCCAUCUUCUUUGAUGUUCAGCUGCGGCCCAUCAUCUUCUUCCAAGGGUAUACAGACCUAAUGGCCAAGGUCCUGCUAAGCAGUGGAGAACCCACAAGUGUGGUCAAAGGCAACCUUCUGCUGAUGGACCAUCACCAGGUCAUUCCUCUGCAGUCUGGCCUCCAAAUGACCAUCAAACUCCAGGGUGGGCUGGGGCUUGACAUCUCAGCUGACAUGGAUGUGAGCAUUUGGGAGCAGGAGCUGAAAACCAGCAUCACCACCAGGGGAAGCCUCACCAUUGAUUUCCAGGCAGAACUAGAUGCCCCUUUCCUCCAAGCCACCUUGAGAAGCCAGACAGAGGUGGAGACCUCAAUCCACUUUGACACCAUGCUGAGGUUUUCUGGCAGCCCAGUGCUCAUGUGCCUGCAGCUGAGAGAGGAGCAGGUCCCAUACAGAGAAAUCUUCACAGUUGCCAAGUCUGCUGGAGGCCAGAGCAGCACCAUGCGAAAAGGCAGGCAGGGCACCAUACCUGGGAGGGAGUUUGCCUUGCACAGGGCCAACUCCAAGGUCUGCAACCUCCUGCUGACAGCAGAAGAAUAGGGGAGUUGGAGCACUCUGGGACUGGGUAACUGCCUGCCACACACACCCCACUCUCAACAUGAGUCAUCAAGGGCUCUGCCCAGCUCCUCCACAACCAUCUCUUAAUAAGUAACACACUGCAAUGAGGGCAUCAGGAUGAGACUACAAGAGGAACCUUUUGCU